UCGUGUUCUUGUGCAUCCCGAUAAGAAGUUGCAGACUAGCAGAUGUGCCAUGGCCACGUCUCUCUUCUUUCCAUCUUCUUCCUCACCCCACAUCUCCAUUUUCGAGAGGAAACCCUUCGCGCUUCCUCUCAAAAGCGCCUCUCUCUCUUUGCCCGCGGCCUCUUCGCUCUCUGCAUCUUCCCAAAGAACCGUCGGAGGUGGCUCGUCUCUCAGAGCGUCGGAGCGAAACCCCAGAGCCGGAAUCUGGAGACUCCGCGCCGCUGCUGAAGAUGCCCUGGAGACUUCGGAGCAGAUAGUGUCGUCCGGCGGCGACGACGGCGUGUCCACCGUCGUCUCGGUCCUGCUUCUCAUCGCCUUCGUCGGUCUCUCCAUUCUCACAAUCGGGGUGACCUACAUAGCGGUGACGGAUUUCCUGCAGAAGAGGGAGAGGGAGAAGUUCGAGAAGGAAGAGGCGGGGAAGAAGAAGAAAGGCGGGAAGAAGGGGAGGGUGAGGGCGAGGGCGGGUCCGAGAGGGUUCGGCCAGAGGAUCGACGAGGACGGGGACGACUGAUUGAUGAUGAUGAUUUGAUGAAAAGAGGAUUGGCGCUUGUUCAGCAGCUUGCAUCAGUAGACUGUCAUCGUUCAUUCCGCGAUUGCUUGUUUUGCGAGUACGUUUGAGCUUCUCUCUCUCCCUCUCUCUCCCUCUCUCGCCGUGUUAUCUUUCCUUUCUUCGUUAGACUUCUACCUGGGUGUGAAUUUGGGCCGAUCUUUAGUUGAAAGGCCGCCGGCAAUUGAAGGCUUCCUUCUUCGGUAGGUGACCGUGAAUGAAUCCUUUGUUCGAGACAGUGUCGAGUAUAAAUCAUCGGACUGUACAAAUGGUCCUGUAAUUUCAAAAUUGGGAACAGCAGUUCGAUCGCACGGCUGCACCGCAGUUUGACCUGUCAGUGCGAUGUUAAUUUUAUAGCCGCCCUCCACCGUCCACGAACUGUCUAAAUGGGAGGGGAGUAGUCAUUUGCGUGCAUUCGAUUAAUGUGAGCUCAGUUAAA